CAUAGGUAGAUUCACAGCUUUGAUUUUGAAAGGGUUCGGAAUGCCCAGUGAUGCUCUCCCCUGCACUCUGUUUGAAUGUUAAUGUUUUCUUGAGGACGGUUUCAGACUCACUGAGAGGAUACUGCCUCUACUCACUGAAGCAGAAUCCUCGGAAGAGUUGCUGAGGCAGAACGGAAAUCAUGGCUUGCCUCAGAGAAGCAGCUGUAUUGGCUGCUAAUGACGCCUCGCACAGAAAGACGAUGCUCCUUUAACUAGAGGUUUUAAUGGGAAGUUUCUGAGCCUGAGAGACAACAGCUUUAGAGCUGGGGUGUGCCAUCAGCUGCUCGCAGCUACCUCUCUGGCUCCUGCUUGAACUCAGCCUAGCCGGGAAGAAUGGAAACCAGACAGGCUUUUAACUACCUGUAACUGUUUCACCAGGAGAUGAAUCAAGCGCUUGCCCAGCCAGAUCCAGUCUCCCCCCUCAUGUGAAACACCGGACCUUCUGAAAAGGUGACAAGAGUGUUCUGUUUUGUUUACAAGGGCUCAGAACUCAGGAGCAUCCUAAUCCGUGUUGCAGGUGUUAGGGAGAAGAUGAUGUUGAGAAAGAAAUACAGAGGAGACUGGGGCUCUGGCUAAAGAGCCAUGUCCCCCAAUAGCCCAGAGGCAACCGCAGCAGUAACAGACUCCACUCCCGAAUCCAAGCAGGCAUAUCUGCAGACUGACUCUGCAGGGAUGAGCAGAAAAGAAACCUUCCACACAGCAGUGUAGUGGAAAGACUCUGCAGAAACUGCCUGUUGACGUUUGGAGCUAACCAGUUUCACAUUUUUUUAAAAUAUUGCCUGUGAGCGUUCUAGUAUCCUAGAGUAUACAAUAAUAAUCACCCACAGCUGUCUCGUGAAUUUUUAAGCACUGGUCCUUGAAAAUCACAGUCCUGUGUCUGUAGUCAAUUCUUGGGCUAUUGGAGAACACUGCAACCCUUUAGAGACUCCAUGGAGCUUGACUUGAGAAAGGGGCAAACACAAUUGGACCUGGCAGAGAGAGAACACAGAUGCUCUGCAUGAUGGGGAAAUCCCGCUAGGGCCGGAUGCUGCCAUAACUCAGCCCCUCCAGGGAGCAGCCACCAUGAUCUCUGCAAACUGAUGAUGGAAGAAAGGGGAACCAGAAGAUACUGUGCUCUGGAUUCCCUGGAUGAUGGAUGGAGGACAGCCUGUCCCUUCACCCCUGGUACCCCUUGGGAACGGAUCAGAUUAUAGCAUGUCUCUGGAACAGAAAACAACAUUUGUUUUUGUGAUUCUGUUGUUCAUCUUUUUGGGUAUCCUCAUCGUCAGGUGCUUCCGGAUUCUUCUAGACCCAUAUCGGAGCAUGCCAACCUCAACCUGGGCUGACGGGCUUGAAGGUCUAGAGAAAGGGCAGUUUGACCAUGCCCUAGCUUAGCAGGGACACAGUAGGCUGCCCUCUCAAGGAGGCAAAGUGCUUUAUGUCUGAACAAAGCUUCCUCUUCGUUAAUGUUCUUAAUAAAUCUACUUUUAACCAUAAUUGGCCCUAGGACAACAACCCAUAAUUUCAUAAACAUGCUAUUGUGUUAAAGUUGUCUUAUUUGAGGAUAAUGGAAAGUUACAUUACAGCCCCCAAAUAGGAAGGUGCAAACAUUUGUGUUUACUCAGUGAAUGAAUAUUCUUGACUCUUUUGUAAAAAUCAAGCACACCACCAACACUUGUGUAGACUUCGCUGUCAAAUGAAGCAUUCUUCGCUCAGAACAGAAAAUAAAUAAAUGGAGAAGAUCAGGCAUGAGUCUGAGGACAAAUCACGCCUCUCAAUUUUACUUUGUGCACAUUUAGGUCCUGGGCAGAGUGAGGAAGCUUGUGUAGAGACCUUUCUCAAGGGACUACUUAUUUCAUACAAAGCAGAGAGCACUAGGAAGCAGUGGUGGGUUUAUGAAAAAGUUAUUUACUUGGUAACUCUGGAUGAGAAUGCUGUCAUUUUCAUUUUUAAAUAAUGUUAAACUCAAAGUUCACAGAGUUUUGAAACUACCAAUCCUGAUCCAAUCUCUGUAUUCCUAUAGCUAACACAUUUAAAUGCACUGGUGUAUAGUUUGAACCUAUUGUACUUAUAUUUCUGAUGGAACUAAUGGGUUACAAGCACAACUUCAAGGUUAUGUUUUGAAAGAAAGAUGAUCGCUUAAUGAGAAGUCUAUGGCUGUAAGAGAAGUAUGCAUUUUUAUGUGCAUAUGGUUACCAAAUAAAAAUUUCAAGAUGUA